GCUCCCGCCGGCGGAGCGAGGCUGCCCUUUCUCCGCAGCGUGAUUGAUUUUCUGCUUUUCUUUUAAACUCUUCUUCCAGGGAGAGGCUAGUGGUAACAGGCCGAGCUGGAUGGAUGGGUAUGGGGAGAGGGGCAGGACGAUCAGCCCUGGGAUUCUGGCCGACCCUCGCCUUCCUUCUCUGCAGCUUCCCGGCAGCCACCUCCCCGUGCAAGAUCCUCAAGUGCAACUCUGAGUUCUGGAGCGCCACUGCGGGCGGCCACUCCCCGGCCUCGGACGACGCCCCCGAGUUCUGCGCCGCGCUGCGCACCUACGCCCUGUGCACGCGGCGCACGGCCCGCACCUGCCGGGGCGACCUGGCCUACCACUCGGCCGUCCAUGGCAUCGAGGACCUCAUGGGCCAGCACAACUGCUCCAAGGAUGGCCCCACGUCCCAGCCGCGCCUGCGCACGCUGCCGCCCCCGGGGGACAGCCAGGAGCGCUCCGACAGCCCCGAGAUCUGCCACUACGAGAAGAGCUUCCACAAGCACUCGGCCGCCCCCAAUUACACGCACUGCGGCCUCUUUGGGGACCCGCACCUCAGGACUUUCACAGACCGCUUCCAGACCUGCAAGGUGCAGGGAGCCUGGCCACUCAUCGACAAUAAUUACCUGAACGUCCAAGUCACCAACACACCCGUGCUCCCCGGCUCGGCCGCCACGGCCACCAGCAAGCUCACCAUCAUCUUCAAGAACUUCCAGGAGUGCGUGGACCAGAAGGUGUACCAGGCCGAGAUGGACGAGCUCCCGGCCGCCUUUGCCGACGGCUCCAAGAACGGCGGAGACAAGCAUGGGGCCAGCAGCCUGAAGAUCACGGAGAAGGUGUCGGGCCAGCACGUGGAGAUCCAGGCCAAGUACAUCGGCACCACCAUCGUGGUGCGCCAGGUGGGCCGCUACCUGACCUUUGCCGUCCGCAUGCCGGAGGAGGUGGUCAACGCCGUGGAGGACCGGGACAGCCAGGGCCUCUACCUCUGCCUGCGGGGCUGCCCCCUCAACCAGCAGAUCGACUUCCAGGCCCUCCGCACCCUCGAGGGCCCGGGCGCCCACCGGCCCCAGGCCGCCAGCCCUGCGCCCGCCGCCCCCGACACCUUCCCCUACGAGACAGCCGCGGCCAAGUGCAAGGAGAGGCUGCCCGUGGAGGACCUGUACUUCCAGGCCUGCGUCUUCGACCUGCUCACCACGGGGGACGUGAACUUCACGCUGGCCGCCUACUACGCCUUGGAGGACGUCAAGAUGCUCCACUCCAACAAGGACAAGCUGCACCUGUACGAGAGGACGCGGGAGCCUCCCGGCCGGGCCGCCACGGCAGGGCUGUCCCCGGCCCCCCAGCUCCUCUCGGGCAGCCUCCUGCUCCUCGCCCUGCUCCCCGUGUUCCUGGAGGCCCCCGCCGCGUAGGACGGCGAGCAGGGCGUACUGCCUGUCCCCGAGCCGGCUGGCACCCGCAGGAUGGCUGGUGGCUCCCCGGGGGCCCUCAGCCUCUGCAGGGGUCAGAAGCAGGGGCAGCGGCCGGCCAGUGAGCUGUGGGACGCAUACCUCAGAGCUGCCUUGGGCUGUCCGCUGGCAAGGGCUGGGGGCGCGGGGCGGCCCUCACCCUCCCUAGGGCCCUGGACGGUUGUGGUGACCGACUGGUGCUGUGACGUCUGGGACAGUACAGCUGCUCCCCUCCGCCCUCCCCACAGUGUGAAUGUGCAAAACCGAGCCCCUCAGGCUGCAGCCCGCCCCACCCGAGGCCCCGGGCGAGGUCGAGUCAGCUCCCC